AGAUCUUCAACGAUGCCCUGUCUUCAUCAUUUGGAAUAAGUUUAUUCUGGAAAUAUGAAGUUCAAGAUUCAACUCAUCCUAUUUGUCUCACUUUUCCUGGCAAUAAACUGCCAAAAAGAAGCCGUUGUUGGUCGAUACCACUUCUUCCAGGGUUACAAGGUCAACUGGAUCGGUGCCGUUGAAGCGUGCAACCGCAGAAACCUCACCAUCGUGUCCAUCGAAUCCGAAGAAAAGCAAAAAGAUCUGGAACAUGCCGGCGACCAAGCUCCCGAGGGUCCGCACUGGAUCGGGGGCAGUAACCUGUCCUCGAGGAAGGAUUACGUGUGGCUUCCCUCCGGUGAACCGUUUAGCUUCACCAACUGGCACCCCGGGCAACCGAACAACCGAGGCAAUUGUGUGAUUUACUGGAAUUUUCCGUCCUCGAUUCCGGUUGGCCACUGGUUCGCUUACGAUUGUAACAAAUCGUACGAUGCGUUCAUUUGUGAGGAAAAGCCAGUUUUGAACUGAUGAAAUGCUUGCUUAAAAAUGCGGGAAAUUAUAUAACUUUAUUAAAUUACUAUAUCAGCAUCAAACAUAGAA